AUGGCAGGGCCGGAAAGCACGGGAGCGCCAAGCAGAUCCGCCGUCGCUCCACUCCCCGCAUUUGACGGCAUUCAGCAACUCCCACUAUUCAUCGAUCGAAUCCCUCUAUUCGAAGACGAUGCCUCCGAUGAAUAUGAUUUCCUCAGUCGUCGGAAACCACUGGUCGCCGGCGAGUCGCCAAUGCGGAGCGCAAGUCCCACCAGGGGUGGCAGAAGUCGACCAGGCUCUGCCAAAUCCCGCCGUCAAUCCACCGCUGUAGCACACCCUCCCAACAACCGAGGAGUGAUCGGCCAUCGAGCCCCGAAUCCCGACUACACGAACGCUCGCUCGCUCGGGACAUGGGCCGAGGUGCGGAAGGACAUCGAAGCGAUACUCGAUGCCCCUGGUGGGGGACGAGGCGGCGGAUCAAGUGGUGGUGCGGGUGCCGAAGGCAGAUCAGACUCGGCAUCCUCCUCGCGCGCAUCAACACCUACCCCAACUUCCACUACCCCCGCCGGACACUCAUCGACCAUCUCGUUUGGGCUGUCGCACCAACAAACGAUCCCGACAUCGAACGCCCUGGUGCGGAACAUCUUACACGUGCCCGCCGGACUGGCGCCGUAUACAUUCACCCCGACUCCAGAAGUCUGGGCCAUCUGCGAUGAGAUGGGGGUUGGGAUAUGGUCAAGAGGCAGGGGGAGACGAGUGAAUGGGGCUUGGAUGGCCAAGGGCAUUGUGGGUUGGAAGGCUGUUGCUGGAUGGGCGGUGGUUGCAGGGGGCGACAUGUGCUUGCGGGUCUUGGACUCGCGCUUUGAGGAAGUCUCGUGCUUGAGCGUCGGCAGGCCUAUACUAUUCAUCGACUGGGUUCCCGAGCGGAAUGAGAUUGUUACUGGCGAAGUCGGGUUCAUCACAGUACUUUUGGAGAUUAGAGACCAAAGCAUCAUCGAGACGUCCCAAUCCCAACAGCACUCCGGAGCAUCACCGACCUCGAAGAAGACGAAUGGGUUUCGUUCGUACUAUACGACCACGGCACCGAGCGAUGUUACGCCGCCGUCGACUCCAGUAUAUAUGCAAAUUUUCGAUUGGGUUACGGGAUACAGAGUGGAAUCCCUACGAAACGUGCACGAGAUGAGCGUCGCCUGCUUGGCGUACCAUCCCCGGCUAGAAUACCUCUGCUCCGGCUCCAAAGAUGGCGAAAUAAAAAUCUGGUCCCCCCAGUUCCUCCCCCUCUACACCUUCAAGCUCCCCAACAGCGUCACCUCCCUCCUCCUCAUCGCUCCCACCUCCCCCUUACUGAUGAGCGGCAGUCUAGACGGGAGCGUGCGGAUCUGGGAUCUCGAGCGUGGGAAGCAGACGUACAAACGGAACGUGCGCGCGGAUGUGAAGGGGUUGGUGUGGGUUGGCGGGGAGAGUGUGGGCGUGUGGGGGAAGAGGGAUGUGGAGGUGUGGGGGGUUGGGAGGGUUGGCGGGUGUUUUGUGGGGACCAACGCAACCCCCCAGACCCUCUCCAUCCUCCGCCACCCCACCCACCCCCCGCGCCUGCUCACCUCCCUCUCCGACAACUCCAUCAAGCUCUUCUCCCCGACCACCGGCGCAACCCUCACAACCUGUUUCCCCGUCCACAAAGACGUCUCGAUCCUCUCCGCCGCCGCCGACCUACACCAUGGCUUCAUCUACGGCCUGCUGUCCUCGGGCGAAGUCGCGGUGUGGGAAACGGGCAGGAGCAACCCGGCCGUGUUGAAGGGGGUGUGGGAGGAGAUACAGCCGAGGGAUCGGUGUGCGGCGAUUUGCGAGGUGGAUAUUUAUAAUUGGAGGGGGUUGGGGAGGAGGUUUGGGAGGAUGUUUUAUCUGGGGGUCGGGUUUGAGAGUGGGGGGGUGGGAUGGGUUGGGGAGGGGGGGAGGUUGGAGGGGUGUGUGCAGGCGCACACAGCACCCGUUUUGUUCGUCAAGUUCGAUCCACAGAGAUUAUGGAUGAUAUCCGGUGGACAAGACAACACCAUCAAAACCUGGCUCUUCGCCCCCGGCACGCCCACCCCGCACCAGCCCCACGCACGCCCCACCCUAACCCACCUCCACACCCUCACCACCACCUUCACCCUCCCGCCCACCCUCGCCGUCUCCCCAUCGCGGUGCAUCAUCGGUCUUCCCGGUCCUGGUAUCAUCAAACAAGCGCGGUACGACGCCGAUGGGGUUGUGGAGGGGCAGAGUCUGAGUGCCGAUUUCGAUGAACGGUUGGAGGUUGUGCAGAGUGUCGGGGAUGUGGAUUGGGGGGAGGGGUGGGGGCUGUGGGUCGGGGCGGUAGGAUGCGCGGUGAGGGUUUGGGAUGAGGGGGGGUUGAUACGAGAGAUCCAAUUCAACGAACCGAUCCGCUCCGUCUGUUUCGCCAACACUCGCGGGGAUAUCUUUGUCGGGCUCCCGGAUCAGAUCUCUGUUAUUCGGAUGCAGGAUUACCUCCCCUACGACCUCCUCAAGCUCGCCCUCACGCGCCACUUCCCGGACCCGAUGAAAGAGGACCCACCGCCGUUCGACCCGACGAUUGAUUUCUGGGAGGGCGUUUAUGAGCGAAAUUUGAGGGAGAGGGGGACUGUAGGGUACUGGCAUGUGAGGAGAGAGCCUGAUCCGAGCGAACUGCAGAAACCGCAGGUCAGGAGUAAGGAGGAGACGAGGGAAAAGGAUAGGCACAGUCGGGAUGUCCAUCGGCGGCGCAACCGCCGCCUCUACCUCGAACUAGAACACCGCGCGUUCCUCAAGGCUCGCAAAUUCGAAACAACCGCCUCCCCACAUAAAAAACAAGUCUCUCCCAUCCACACAGAAAUGGAAUCCGACGGCGAACACGAUCUCGUCAUCCUCAACCGACAGUCCAGCGAGGACGUCCUCGUCGAGCUGCUCCGAACAGAAUCGCCGUCCGAUCUGGUGGUGGAGGAAAUGGUCCCACUCCCGCCUGAAGUGAUCCACAUCCCCCUCAUGCCGCCCAAACCCAAAGGCCGGCUCUACAUCAAGCCCACCUCCCGACGGCGGUCCGAGCGGUCCAUCACACGUCCGACCCGGCCCGUAUCCGAGAAGGAGACGAUGAGUAAAGAAGAGGUGGAUGCGAGGAGGCAGAUGGUGAGAAAGACGUUGGAGAACCAAGGGGUCGUCAUGCCGAAUUCCAGUGUCACGCAGACGGUGACCCCGGCUAAGAAAAGCGAGGCGUUCCGACGACGCUCGAUCGCCCCUCAACGCCCGCCAUCGGCUGCGACGACGCCCGCGCCACCGGGGGAAGAGACGUCCGUGCCGCCGGUGAAGUAUAUUGCGCCGAAGAGGCAGCGGGUGCAGCGACCACCUGUCUUGGAACCGCCGGUCGAGGAACAGGAACCGGGGAAACCGUUACCGGUGGUGGUCGAGCCGCCCAAACCACCCACCCCCCCGCCGCCGCCGCCGCUCGUACAGCAAGGGGAAGACGACCUCCUCCUCCUCCCGCCACCGUCCCCACCCAUGUUUGCCGAGAUCGAGGUCGAGCGCCCGCCACGGCCGCCAAGACCGAAGAAAGUGCGGAAACAUAAACCGAAAAAGCCGCCGCCGCAGGCAACGAAACCGCCGUUCGCGUUACCGCCGCCCCCGGUCAUACCCCCCGCUCAGCCGAAGCGCCCACCCCCGGCGCCGAAACCCCCCGCGGUAGUCAAACCCAUCAUCGCGCCUCCACCGCCCGCACCCAAACCGGCAGUCGUCGCCCCCCCACCCGCACCUUCCAAACCCAAACCUAAACCCAAACCCAAACCAAACCCCAUCAUCGCCGUCCACCUCCCGCCCAAACCGCCCCCACCGCCGCCCGCACCAUCGUCGCCCCCCGCGGAACAGGCGGAGAGCACCCCCCCAACCCCGCCAUCGGAACCUGAUUUCGUCCUGGAAGAAGUCACCGAGGAAGCCGCGGCCGCCUUCGCAUGGAACCUGAUCCGUGCGCGCGAGUUCAAGCGCGAGGAGGAUAUCCCACAGGAGCUGCGGAAAAUGAUGGGGAUGUUCUGGUUUCCUCAUCUUCAGGGCCAGAAACCGACGCUCCAAAACAUCGUCCAGUCACUUCUACACCUCCUCCGCACGGGGCUCUGGCUCGAAAAGGUCGAGGCAGCAAAGGCUCUGUUGCUCCUUUUCCGCACGUUCCGGAGCGAUUUCAUUGAUCCGCUGUCGACGUUGGUGCGGCCGCAGCUCGAGUUUAUGGACGAUCCGAGUUGGCAGGUCAGGGCGCAGCUGUGUUGUAAUGUCGGGCAGUAUGGUGUUGCCGGGGACGGGAUGGAGGAGGUGAUUGCGGCGCUGAUGGGGAGGUUGGGGGAUCGGGUGGAGUAUGUUAGACAGGUAGCUCUGAGAUCCCUCGCAACGUUCGGUAUCAACAACAAGAUGGAUUUACACGCCGCCAUGGUGCGGUGUGGGUUGCUGCCGGCCACAGUUCCCCCAGCAGAUGAUAUUAUGCUCAAUAUGAUGCUGCUCAUCCAACUGCAAAAACGCAACGACACCUAUCAGGACAUCACACAAGGGGUCGUCGCCUGGCUAUCCUCCGUCGCACACUCAACAGGCUACGGCAACCGACAAAGACGCGACAGUUAUUGCGAGCAUCUCGCGGGCCCCUUCUUCCCACCGGACGCGCGGAAGAAUGGGGAUGGACCAAGGGGAUCUCGACAGGCGUGGGAGGACGCGGCUGAUGUUACGGGAUGGGGGGACGAUUCGGGGAAGAGCGCGUUGAUGGCGGCGGAGGGGGAUAGAUGGGCAAAGAGUUUCCCGGGACGUACGACCGAGACGGGGUGGGAAAAAUACAUCGCCGCGCAGAAAAAGUUGGCGAGCGCUAGAGCCGCUGAGCCGUUAUUCUCAGAGAGAACGGAGAAGCCGCAAGCCCGUCGGUCCAUCACAGAGCGGGCCAAGACAGCCGCACCAGUGAGGCCGGUUUCGUUCCGGGACGCGAUGCAGCGGGUGAGACCCAUGACAGCUGGGACGAAUUACGCAAAGGGGGGUCCGAAAGCUUUGACGGGGUUGGUGCAGCCGCCGAUGGAUUACAAGAAACGGCCGACAACCGCACCGAGUCUGGUUUCUAGGGACGUUGUUGAGGGGUUGCAUGAUCGACCAUUCAGGAGUGGCGGGCAUAGGUAG